AAUAUUUACCUGUUUCACGGUAAUAGAAUUUGAAAAUAUAGAAAAAUGUGUUCACCAAAACUAAUUGUGUUUGUUUUGACUUUGUACUCCGCCUGCGUAACAUCUAUUAAAAUAGAAAUCGAUUCUGAAGAUGUGUAUAAAUUUGUACAGAAUUUUAUGAAUUUCGACGUAUUUAGAAAAUUUGCAAUAGACAAUUACAGAGGUUUAUUAAAAAGCGAAUUCAAGAAUCCUUAUCACCCGGAGGACAACGUGCCCAACAUUGAGAAGGUGACAGUAUCUUAUGAAAAGGAAAAUGAACUUCUAGACAUGAAAUUGGAGAGUGAAAACAGAAUAUUUUUAUCGGAACUAUAUAAAAAAGAUUCCGCUAACAACAGUCAUUUCUCAAAUCCUUACAAAAAUCGAAAAAUUAUUAGCGCUAUUGGGAGCACAACGUUACAAUGGGCUAACAGUGCGACGUUGUUACCUCUUUUUAAAGGAACCUAA